AUGUCUACAAACAAAUCACGUCCUACACCAAGAAGAAGAUUAUUCUCACCCAAUGUUAGUAGUCAACGUAUGAUGGAAGUGGUGAUCCAUGGCAAUAUUCCAGCUGUGCAACCUAGUGACAUCCCCACUCGAACAAACAAACACCCAGCAUUAGAAGACCAAGUCUUGGAACGUUGGAAAUCUCUUACUCCUCAUCCUUUAACUGAUCCAGAAUAUAUUGAAAAAAAUAUUGUCUAUCAUACAACAUACACUCUUGGUCGACAUCGAUACAACGUGGAUAAAGCUGCUAUGUAUCAUGCCACAGCUCAUUCAGUACGUGAUCUCUUAUUGGAAGAAUGGAAUACUGCUCAAGAAAAACUUCAUGUUAUCAAUCCAAAACGAUGCUAUUAUCUUAGUAUGGAGUUCCUAUUGGGUCGAGCUUUGGAUAAUGCUUUAUAUUGUUUAUCCACUAAAAAAAAUUAUACAACCUCGAUAAAACAAUUAGGAUUUUCUAUGGAAGAUCUUUUGGAACAAGAAAAUGAUGCUGCUUUAGCAAGUGGUGGCCUUGGUCGAUUAGCAGCUUGUUAUAUGGAUUCAGCAACUACAUUGAAUUAUCCUGUGUGGGGUUAUGGUCUUCGUUUUCAAUAUGGCAUCUUCAAACAAAUCAUUAACAAGGAAGGCUUUCAAGUUGAAGCACCUGAUUAUUGGCUUGGUUUGGAUAAUCCUUGGGAAAUUCCUCGAGAAGAUAUCAAGUAUGAUGUUCAAUUUUAUGGUUAUGUGGCUACCAAGAUGAAUGAUGCUGGUGAAUCAAAAUUAUCGUGGGAAGGUGGUGAAACGGUGCAAGCCAUGGCAUAUGAUAUGCCUAUUCCUGGUUAUGGUACAAACAACUGUGGUAAUAUUCGUCUUUGGGAAAGUCAACCUCAAAACUUAUUUGAUUUUGGUGCCUUCAACAAUGGUGAUUACGACAAAGCAGUGAAUGAACAAAAACGUGCUGCAAAUUUAACAGCUGUACUCUAUCCAAAUGAUAAUCAUGCUUCUGGUAAAGAACUUCGUCUCAAACAAGAAUACUUUUGGGUUAGUGCUUCUUUACAAGAUAUUAUUCGACGGUUCAAGCGUUCCAAACGUCCAUGGAAAGAAUUCUCUGAUCAAGUGGCUUUACAAUUGAAUGAUACACAUCCUGUCAUGGCGAUUAUAGAACUUCAGCGAUUAUUUGUAGAUGUGGAAGGACUUCCUUGGGAUACGGCAUGGGAUUUGGUUACCAAGACAUUUGCAUUCACCAAUCAUACUGUGCUUCCUGAAGCUCUUGAACGUUGGGAGGUACCCAUGAUGACACAUUUACUUCCAAGACAUAUGCAAAUUAUCUACGACAUCAAUCUUUUCUUUUUACAAAAGGUGGAAAAACAAUUCCCUGGUGAUCGUGAUAUCCUCAACCGAAUGUCUAUUAUUGAAGAAUCAAAUCCUCAACAAGUACGUAUGGCUUAUUUGGCGGUGAUAGGCUCUCAUAAGGUGAAUUGUGUUGCAAUGCUUCAUACUGAAUUAGUCAAAAAGGAUAUUUUCCCUGAUUUUGUUCGCUACUUUGGUGAGGACAAGUUUAUCAAUAUUACCAAUGGUAUCACUCCCCGUCGCUGGCUGUAUCAGGCUAAUCCUUCGCUACGAGAUUUGAUCACUGAGACUUUGGGUUCAGAAAAGUGGGUAUUUCAUUUGGACGAAUUAGCAAAACUCAAGACCCAUGCUGAUGACAAGCAGUUUCAAAAACGAUGGAUGAACGUUAAACUUCAAAACAAACAAAGAUUGGCUUCUUGGAUUUCUACCAACUUGGACAUACAAGUCUCUCCUGAUGCACUAUUUGAUAUUCAAGUCAAACGUAUACAUGAAUACAAACGACAAUUUUUGAACAUAUUGGGUGUGAUUUAUCGAUAUCGAGAACUAAUUGACAUGGACAAAUCUGAACGAAGCAAAUUGGUACCUCGUGUGGUGAUCUUUGGUGGAAAAGCUGCACCUGGUUAUUAUGUAGCAAAAUUGGUGAUCAAGUUAAUCAAUAGUGUAGCUCAAGUAGUGAACAAUGAUGAAUCCAUUGAUGGAUUGCUAAAGGUUGUAUUUAUUCCAGACUACAAGGUUUCGUUAGCAGAAAUUAUCAUACCAGCCAGUGAUAUCUCACAACACAUUUCGACAGCGGGCACUGAAGCAUCUGGUACAUCGAAUAUGAAAUUUGUUCUGAACGGAGGAUUGAUCUUGGGUACAGUAGAUGGUGCCAAUAUUGAAAUCAGGGACGAAAUUGGCCAAGACAAUAUCUUUAUGUUUGGUACUUUGGCGGACAAGGUAUCGGAUCUACGACAUCAUCAGAAAUUUUAUGGGGUAUUGAUUGAUGCUAAUUUACAAGGUGUGCUUGACUUUAUCGAAUCCGGUGUAUUUGGUGAGGCUUCCAUUUUCAACCCUUUGAUUGAUACCUUGACCUAUGGUGGUGACUAUUAUUUGAUUUCUCAAGACUUUGACGAUUAUCUCAAUGCGCAAGACAAAGUCGAUCAAACCUUCCGUGACAAAUCCUUAUGGGCUAAGAAAUCCAUCCUGUGUACUUCUGGUAUGGGCUUUUUUUCUUCGGAUCGUGCUAUUCGUGAUUAUGCUGAUAAGAUUUGGGAUAUUAAACCUAUGGAAUAG